AUGACUUCUAGAUCUGUCAACUUAAAUUCAAUUCUAGUCCUCAACGGUACAAAUUUUAAGGAUUGGAAAGACAACAUAGAGAUAAUUCUUGGUUGCAUGGAUCUCGACCUCGCGUUAAGGAUUGAGGAACCUCCUUCUCUUAAGAACUCAAGUACCUCUAACAAGAGGAGAGAAUAUGAGAAGUGGGAUCGCUCAAAUCGCAUGUGUUUGAUGGUCAUUAAGCAUGACAUUUCAAAGGUUUAUAGAGGUACUAUAUCUAAAGAAAUUACAAGUGCUAAAGAUUUCCUUGCUGAGAUUGAAAAGCGCUUUGUGAAAAGCGAAAAGGCGGAAGCAAGUGCACUUCUUCAAAGCUUGGCUUCCAUGAGGUAUCAAGGCAAAGGAAAUGUGAGAGAGUACAUUAUGGAAAUGUCAAACAUUGCUUCAAAACUUAAGGCGUUGAAACUUGAGUUGCAAGAAGACUUGUACAUUUUAUUCUAAACUCUCUUCCUGUACAAUU